AUGGUUAAAAUAGUUAAUCUACUUGUGUGCAUGUCUAUGGCACUUUUUGGGUCCUCACAAUCAGCAUCAUUCAAUUGUAAAUAUCAUUUAAGUGGAUUGGGGAAUUUACCAUUAACUUAUCAGUGCGCUGUUCAAAAUGCUGUCAACAUAACAUCACUCGAUGCAGCACAAGUUGAUGGCAUUUCAGGAACACAUCUUCCCGGCUAUUAUAACGACAAUGUUGAAGCUUUUACUUCUACAUUAGGACAAAUUCAUUAUUUUCCACGUGGUUUGAACAGAUUUUUUAAGAAUCUUAAAGGACUUCAAAUUUCAAGCUCAGGACUGAAGGAAGUCCAUCAAAGUGACUUAAAAGAUCAUACACAUUUAAAAAAUCUGUUCUUGUCGUUCAGUGAUUUGGAGAUUUUAGAGGAAAAUUUAUUCGAAUUCAAUCCAAACUUAGAAAUGAUUAGUUUGGGUGACAAUAAAAUAACUCAUAUUCAUGCGAAUGUGCUUGAUAAGCUGAACAAUCUGAAGUAUUUAUACUUUGAAGGAAACCCUUGCAUUAGUGUUAAUGCUAUAAAUGAUCCAUCUAGCUUAAAAAAUGUCAUCAAAAAAACAAGAACUCAAUGCGUUAAUUCAGAAUAUUCAAAUUUGUACCAAAAAGUCAAAAACUUGGAAAUUGAGUCAAAAAAUUUAUUCUCAGAAAAGCUUCAAAACUUAGAAAAUGAAAUAAAAAUGUCGAAAUUCUCAAAUUUUUUCCAAACCAAUCUUCAAGUCUUAAAAUCGGCUGCAGCAAAAAAUGGCGUCAAUUUGAACCUAAAGGAAGAAAUUAUUAAGGACACAGAUUUUAUCAAGAAUGCAAUUUCUGGAAAUGACCAAAAACUUUCAAAAUUCAUCAAGGACACGACAACAACUUUGAAGGAUGUUAAAGCCACAAAUGAUCAAAAUUUUGUAACAAUAAUGAGAUUUAUUGAGAACACCGCGAAGAAAUUGGAAGCGAUUGAUGAAAAACUAGCUGGUAUCGACAUUGUACUGGUAAAAUUGAUGAACAAGAUCAACAAAAUCGAGCCAGAAUAA